AUUAAUAUUAAGAGCCAUUUCCUCUGUUAUCAGCUCCAUUGGGGUAGCGCUUUCGAUAACGCUCAACAACUUCUGGAUCAACAAGAUAAGUGCCAUCCAAUUGAUUACCCAAAGUAAUCCAAUUGGCUUGGAGAUUGUGCGGCCGUCCAAACAACUCCAAUUUUCGAGUUCCAGGGGAGAGUCGUUCAAUAAGACCAUAGAUUUCAUCUGGCUUCCUGGAGGUUUCUCGAACCUCUGCGACAAUCACAUCACAAUCGAGACCACGGUUGCUACGGCAACGUGCAGCAUCACCCUUCACACCGACUAG